AUGGCGAUGUCCAAUCUUCCAAGAGAUUUGUUGGAGGAGGUACUCUCUAGGGUUCCGGUAAAGUCUAUAGCAGCAGUGAGAUCCACUUGUAAAAAUUGGAACUCUUUAACCUACGGUCAGAGCUUCACGAAGAAGCUCUAUGGUAAAACAAUGGCAACAAAGGAAAAGGAGUUUCUGGUGGUCAUGACUAUGGAUUUGGAGGUUUAUUUAAUGAGGGUCAAUCUCCAUGGAAUUCAUAAAGAUGAUAACAAUGUUAAAUCAUCUAUCAUGCAAAAAGCUAAACUCAUUAGGCUAAAUGAUGAUCGAGUUCGAGUCGAUGAUAUAUGUAAAGUCUUUCACUGCGACGGUUUAUUGUUAUGCAUCACUAUUGGGAUCAGGCUUGUGGUUUGUAAUCCUUAUUGUGGGCAAACAAGGUGUAUCAAAACCAGAAGAGAUUACCAUAUAACCGACAAUUACGCUCUUGGACACGAGAAGAUGAAGAACAGCCCACUUCGUAACUACAAAAUCUUGGUGUUUCAUGAUAAAUCCUUCCUCCAAAAUUCUUGGUUUGAAAUCUACAAUUUUAACUCUGAUUCAUGGAAGGUUUUAUAUUUCACUUGUGACUGGAAAUUACCGUUUUCUCAACUUGUUGUGUCUCUCAAGGGAAAUACUUACUGGUUUGCUCGAGAGAUGUAUAUACACGGACCAAGAAUAGAUCUCCCUGAUUUCUUGAUUUGUUUUGAUUUUACAACAGAGAGAUUUGGACCGCGUCUUCAUCUGCCGUUUCACUCUCGUUGUGUUGAUACUGUGACUCUCGCUAGUGUUAGAGAAGAGCAGCUUGCGGUGUUAUUUCAGGACUCAAAAACGUUGAUCCUAGAGGUAUGGAUAACGACUAAGAUUGAGCCUAAUGCGGUCUCAUGGAGCAGCAAGGUGUUCUUAGAAGUGAAUAUGAGUCCACUCACUGGUUUUCAGUUUAAUCGUAGCUUUGGGAGUUUCUUCAUUGUUGAGGAGAAAAAUGUCGUUGUGGUUCCUAUUAAAGGAGGGCAUUUCAAACGAAACCUAGCUUACAUCAUUGGAAAGGAUGAAUACUUCAAAGAAGUGGAUCUUGGAGUGCCAAGUUCAUAUAUAUAUUUUUCCCCACAUGUGUGCUCUUAUGUUCCAAGUUUAGUACAAAUCAAGAAAGAUGCACAAGUGAUGCUGCAACACCAUAACGUCUCAGCAGAAAAGCAUCAUGAGUUUUGUGCAUCUUUGUGA